GCGGAAAGUUUGGGUUCUGCUCGCGCCGCGUCUGACCAAUAAUGUGCAGAGAGCAGCCGUGAACAUCAUUUAAAAAGGAGACAGCUGGGCGCUGCUGCGAUUUUUAUUAAACCUCCAUCAGUGUGUGUGUGCGUGUGUGUGCGUGUGUGCGUGUUUGUGCGUGUGUCUGUCUAUGGCAUCAGUAUGAGCUCUGUACACUCUUUCCGGUGCACUUGAUCAUCUCUGAUCUACACAUUCAGUACUGGAUUUUCACCAGAAAGAAGGAUUGAUCACACCACCCGGUCCACACUGUCUGACUCCCUUUUUCUUCGGAUCUCGACAUAACUGCACUCAUUAAGCCUCGGAGCGCUGACAGAAUGACCAGAUUGGUGCAGCUCACGUGUGCAGUGCUCUUGCUGUGGGUUCUUGCGUCCUGCGCGGCGGAAACCAGAGCCACUCAGGGCGCAAUUCCUAAUCCGGGCAAAAGCAAACCAAACGAGUCGGAGCGAAGACAGAGCAGCUCUUCUUCGUCGUCAUCGUCAUCAUCCUCAUCCUCAGGCAGAGGUAGAGGGUCAUCUUCCUCUGCAGAAGAGGUGCUGGAGUCGAGUCAAGAGGCGCUGCUUGUGACCGAGCGCCGUUACCUGAAGCGCGACUGGUGCAAGACGCAGCCGCUGAAGCAGACACUGCAUGAAGAAGGCUGCGUGAGCAUCACUAUCCUCAAUCGCUUCUGCUACGGCCAGUGCAACUCCUUCUACAUCCCGCGCCACGUGCGUCGAGAGGAAGGAGCCUUCCAGUCGUGCUCGUUCUGCAAGCCCAGGCGCUUCACCACCAUGACCUACACGCUGUCCUGCCCCGACCUCCAGCCGCCCACCCGCAAGAAGCGCGUGCAGCGCGUCAAACAGUGCCGCUGCAUCUCCAUCGACCUGGACUGAAGUCAACAAAUGCUACUUUGGGGGGAAAAACUUUAAACCGCAGCGUUUGAUGCGUUAAGUUUUGAAGACUUAUUUGGAUGAAAAGUACAAAUUUAAAGCACAUUUUCAAGAAGGAUGAGCACUGAUAUUGCGCAAUCAGACGAACUCCAGCCAAGCGCAUCGUCAAUGGCACAAGUCGCAUUUCAUUAUGCAUUCGAAAUUUCCAUCAGUCGUUACCGCACAUUUUCCCUCACUGACACUCCAAAUCUCCGCUUCAUCCAAACAUUAAACAUACAUAAGUGUUAUUUUCCUCACUUUUGCAAUCCGAUUUUAAAAGGAGCAAAUGUGCACAAAACAAGAUGAUAUGAAUCACACCGGCAAAACACACAGCACCAUAUUGCAUCCUCUUGGAAAGGUUUUGGGACCUUAGAGCCUAAUCAUUUAAUAAAAGGUAUUAAUAGGUAAUAAUGUAACAGCUUGGUUUUGUUUUUGUUGUUGUUGUUGUUUUUUGGGAGAGUGCUGGAAGGUGUUUAUUUCCACCAUGUGGAAAUUAGUGGUGAUCUAAUAAGACAUGUAAAGAAGAUUUUUAUUUAAUUGAUAGGAGGACGCUUGUAUAAUAGCAGGUGUAUUAUAUUGUUGUGAAUUUUGUUUUGUGUACCAGUUAUUAUUAUAAUAAGACCUGAGUGAGAAUGACAUCAUUUUAAACACAUCGCAUAUGGUUUACUUUAAAACAAAUCUUGCAAAAUGGGUACAGAACUUGUUUAUAAUGUACUUAUUGCAGUCCAUUCUGUUUACAAGUCUUUCAACAUUACUGUUUAAUGGGAUUGCUGCUUUAUCAUGACUGUAGGCCUGUUGAGUUAACAUAUUAAUAAAAUGUG